AUGUCCGCCGAAGGCCCCGAGUCAAUCCCAACCUCCGCCGACCCUCGCUCCAAGCGCCCAACCAAGCGACGCGCCCUCACCCCCGUGUCCGCCCAAGCCGCCUCCGUCGACGCCCUCUUCGCAAAGCCCGACCAGGAGAUCCGCGUCCCGUCGACCCUCGCCCUCGCCCCCGGCAGCAAGCGCCCGCCGCCCCCCGAAAUCGUCACAAACGUCCAGGGCUCCAGCGCCGGCGCCGGCUCCGGCGAGUUCCACGUCUACAAGGCCGCCCGCCGGCGCGAGUACGAGCGCCUGAGGGAGAUGGACGACGAGGUCAGGCGGGAGCGCGAGCAGGACGAUUUCGAAAAGGACAAGGUGGAGAAGCUGCGCAAGGACGAGGAGAAGACGAGGAAGAAUCGCGAAAAGAGGGACAAGGCCAAGGCUCGAAAGGCGAACAAGGGCAAAGGAGGAGGCAACGGCAACAACGCAAAGGGACCCAAUGGCAAUGGUGACAAGAUAUCGGCGGCGCCUGGAACGGAUGAAGCCUCCCAAGAAAACAGGAAACCAAACACGAAAGAGAGUGGAACCGAUAGAAACGGCAGUGACAAGGCUACCAGCGCUUCCACGGAACCCGUGGGCCUCGUCAUUCACGAUGACGACUGA